AUGGCCUUUAACAUCACUCUGCAAGAAAAGACUACGAUCCCUUACCUUGAAAACAGCACUGAGCACUAUAAUGAAGGGGAUGCAAGAUUGGAACACAUAGCAUCGAUUAUUCGUGUGUUCUCCAUUGUGGUCUACUCUGUGGCCUUUCUUCUGGGGACCUUCGGGAAUGGGCUGGUCAUCUAUUUCACCGCCUUCGUAAUGAAAAGGACAGUCAACGUUGUGUGGUUCCUUAAUUUAGCCAUCGCUGACUUCAUCUUCACGUUUUUCUUGCCCUUGAGCAUUGCCUAUGCCGGCCUUAAUUUUUACUGGCCUUUUGGAAAAUUCAUGUGCAAGCUGAACAGCUUUAUUGCCUUCGUCAAUUUGUAUGCCAGCGUCCUCCAGCUCACCGUGAUCAGCAUAGACCGAUGCAUCUCCGUCGUGUUUCCUGUUUGGUGCCAGAAUCAUCGGACUCCCAGGUUGGCCUCCUUUGUAGCCCUGGUGGUUUGGAUCCUUGCAUUAAUUUUCAGUGUACCUUAUUUCAUAUUCCGAGAUAUAUAUGUUGAGGAAGAUGUUGUUGUUUGCUUUAACAACUUUCAUGAGGAUCCCUACAUUGCCAAUGUAAGGCACAGGGCGACAGUUAUCUUUAGAUUCAUUUUCAGCUUUCUUAUCCCCUUCACCGUAAUCAUCUUUUGCUAUUCAGUAAUUCUUUUUCGUAUCCAAAGAAAUCACAUGACCACAUCGAGCAAGCCUUUAAAAGUCAUUCUGGCUGUCAUCAUUACAUUCUUUGUCUGCUGGGUUCCCUACCAAGUCUUCUCCUUCCUGGAGCUGUAUGUGAUUUCUAGUGAAAGUGAUCAAUUCGCCUACGUAGUGCAUGCUGCAACACCUUUUACCUCCAGCUUGGCCUUUAUAAACAGCUGCGUCAAUCCUGUCCUCUACGUCUUCAUCGGCCGAGAUUUCAAAAAUAAAUUCCAGAUCUCCUUCCAGGCAAUAUUUGAGAGAGCUUUCAUGGAGGAAUCUGGCCAAACGGACUUGAAGAGCAAAAGCAAAUCAACGUCGGAUUCACAGCUGGUGUGAGAUGAGACUACAUUUAU